AUGAAGUUAGUAAUGCUAUUUUUGUUUAUGUGUAUUUAUUUGGUAUAGAGUGACACUUCAAACAUUAGUUUAGGUUCACCCUGUUAGUGCACACAGUUAUUUGAAUAAGAUUGCUAUAAGAAUUAAAAUUGUGUUUGGAAUAAAUUGUAACUAAGAUGUGAAAUCAAAUCGACUACUGAAGAAUCAAGCACCAAUACCACCACUAAAAAUUAUUCAUAUUGUACUAAGUUCGGAUCCGAUAAAUGUUGGGAAACAGACGGAUGCGCUUACGUUUUUAAUGAAUGUGUCUAAUUCACAUCAUGUUCUAGUUAUCCUUUUAGCGUUCAAGCACUUUGCUAAAUGGUUUCGAGUAAGUGUCUCACUGAUGGCGAAAAAUGCGUAGAACUUGCAGAUUGCUUCUAAUAUUAAACCCCUAUAUCUUGUGUAAAAAAUUCAAAGGGAAAAUAUUGUUAUUGGGAUCAGUAAUGCAUGGAUGCAACAGAUUGCAAUAAACUGCCGGUUUCAUUCAAGACAGACGCAGAAUGUCGUGAAUAACUAACUUAUUGCACUGUAAAUCCAAGAGGGGGAUGUCAAGUGAGUGGAUACAAUUGCGAAGAUCAAGAAUUCGAGAUGUAAUGCUAUUUUAACUAGAAAUUGGGAUAAUGUGCCUGGGUUGAUGGCAAAUGCAAGGAUCGCUCAUGUGAAACUGCGCCAAAAUCAAUUAGGACAGAUACAGCAUGCUAAGAAUAUUUCCAGAGUUGUACAUUAGAGGCUGAGGGAGGCUGUAGAUAAAGAACACAAUGUAAUGAUGUAACAUUAAAGGAAUCAUGUACUUACAAUGCAAAUGGAUCAAUAUGUUUUUGGAAUGAAGGUAAAUGUUAUGACAAGAACUGUGAAAAUGCCCCUUAAAAUGUCAUUUGCUCUGAGUUCCUAGAAAAUUGCGUUCCAAAAUCUGUAGGAGGAUGUGUGAGAAUCUCUGAAUGCUCAAAAUAUGAUCUAAAGGAGAGUUGUCUAGUAGAUACUUAAAAUAAUAAAUGUUUUUGGACAGGCAGUCAAUGCAUCUAAUAUACAUGUCAAAAUGCUCCUUUAGAUUAUGUUACACAUGAACAAUGUGCUGCUUACAAAGAGGAUUGCACUGUUAAUAAUACAACAUUCUAAGGUUGUUCAGAGAGAACAUGUGAUAAUGCUCCUACUACUUCAACAACCUUUCUAUAAACGAAUUAUGAUUGUAAUAAAUUCAAGGAAGGUUGCAUCACUAAACUUGGAGGAGGAUGCAAAUAAUUAAACGAAUGCAGUGAUAUUGAUGUUGAAAUUGCUUGUGUUGUAGAUAAAUAUGGAAGAAAUUGUUUCUUUUAUAAUAAUGAAUGUGCGCUAAGAACUUGUGAAAAUGCUCCCUUGUCUUUUAAUACUCAUGAACAAUGCUAAGAAUUUAAUAAGGAAUGCACAGUAGCAAGAACCUUAGCUGGAUGUGUCAAAAUGACAUGCUAAGUUCUCACAUCUCAAAAUACUUGUAAGGCUGAUUCAAGUGGCAAUCGUUGUUUUUGGACUGGCCUUUGCUACUAAAAGACUUGUGCUAAUGCUCCGUUUGAAUAUGAUACAGAUUUAAAAUGCAAGACCUAUUUGAGCUCAUGCACAAUUGCUAAUAGUGGUCGUGGAUGCAUAACUAGGCCAGCUCUAUGCAAUCUAUUAGUACUGGAAGAUUAGUGUUACAUAACCUCGACUGGUUAGAUUUGUGGAUGGUUCGAAGGAGCAUGUUAUGACAAAGCAUGCUUUACAGCACCUUACACAUCUGACUAUGACACCUAUGAAGAAUGUGAGACUUAUCUAGCUGGUUGUACAGUUGCAAGUGAAGGCAAUGGAGGUUGUAUUCCUCUGGAUGCAUGCACUACUUACACCGCAUAAAGAAGUUGUAGAUUCAAUAAUUACAAUCAACUUUGCGAAUGGACUGGCAAUGCUUGUUAUGAUAAAUCCUGUACAACAGCUCCUCUAGAUGCCGAUCAUGACUCAAAUGAGGAAUGUGAGGCCUAUUUAGUUGGAUGCAUUGUAGCUCCAAGUGGAUAGGGAUGUGUUUAAAAACCUAAUAGUUGUGGAUUGAUGAGUACAAAUCUUUAAUGCACAGAAACCUCAACCAACUCACUCGGAGGACCAUGUGUUUGGGUUGGAACCUGCGUUAAUAGAACUUGUGCUAAUGCUCCUGUCUCUACUAAUUAUGAUACUCACUAAGAAUGCUAUGCCUUCUUAGCUACUUGUACUGUAGUUCCAACAGGCCUUGGAGGUUGUAUGACAUAACUGAGCUCUUGUAACCAAUAUACAACAUUUCGAUCAUGUUAAUUGGCAUCAAAUGGCUAGAAAUGUGCUUGGCAAUAUAACUAUUGUUAUAAUCGAUAAUGUUCAUAUGCUCCAGACACAGAUGAAUUCGAUUCCGAUGCUGAAUGCAGUGCUUUUCUUAGUUCUUGCACCGUGGUCAAAAGAAUCAGUAAUUUAGGCUGUACACCUAGAUUAACUUCUUGUCAAGACCUCACAGAGCAGUAAUGUAUUACUGAUAGUUACGAUAAUCUAUGUACUUGGGAUACAACUCUAGCUACACCUAAUUGUAAGCCUAGAUCCUGUUCUUUUAUGAUUGGGUAUGAUUUUACAUAGUAGAAUUGUAAAAAUUGGAUAUCAGGCUGUGUUGUUGAUAACAACUCACCUCAUACAAAUUGUAUGACUUAGAGAAGCUACUGCUAUCAAUAUAACAAUUAAGAUAAUUGUGAGUAUUCUAAUAUUCAUGGUUACUGUACUUGGGAUGGUUCAUCCUGUUCUACCAGAACAUGUUCGACAACAUAGAAUAUCACUGAUUUUAAUCAUGCAAAUUGUAAUAAUUGGUUGUCUUCAUGCACUGUUGGUCCUCCCACAAGUUGCAUUUAGAAACCAACAAAUUGCGCUGAUUAUGUUAAUUAUGACUAAUGUUAUAAGAAUUAUUCAGGUUAUCCUUGUACUUGGUAUAAUGAUGCAUGUAUUGAAAAGACAUGUAUUAAUCAUGGCUAUGCUGUUACAGUAUUUAAUUAAACUAAUUGUAAUAAUUGGUUAUCCUCCUGUUCAGUUAAUUCAGGUAGCUCUGCUUGUGAAACUACAAGAACUUGUGCCAAUUAUACAGGAUCUAUGUUUACACAUUCUGAUUGUAAUACUUGGUUAAGUGAUUGUACAACUAAUGGAUCAUAAUGUGUAUAUAAAACUUGUACUAAUUAUGGUUCAAAUGUGACCACUUUUAAUAGUUCAACAUGCUCAACAUGGUUUAGUGAAUGUACAAAUGAUGGGUCAAUUGCUUGUAAGAGUGCUAGAACAUGUGCUAAUUACGGAAGCAAAAUUACUAUAUUUAAUCAUACCAAUUGUACAAAUUGGUUAUCUUCAUGUACAAAUACAAACACAGCUUGUACAGCUAGAACUUGUACGAAUUAUGGCUAGAAUAUUCUAUUCUUUACUCAUAGUACUUGCAAUACUUGGUUAUCUUCAUGUACUGUCAGUUGGGACUAAUAAAGUUGUGAAACUAAAACAUGCACUAAUUAUGGUCAAUAAAUCACUACUUUUAAUAAUUCUAAUUGCUCAGCAUGGUUACCUGAAUGUCAAGCCAAUGUAAAUGGAACUGCUUGUGAGUCAACCAAUGCUUGUACUUCUGGGGCAUAUACUACAGCUGCUAAUUGUAGUAAUUAUCUCGAAUCCUGUACAUAUGUAAGUGGAUCAUAUUGCACAAAUAAGAAUUGCUCGUCUCCAUCAGGAAUAACAAUAUACAAUCACAAAACAUGCACCAGCUUCUAUAAAUUGUGUACUAGUAAUUCUGCAUCUAGUGCUUGUGAGUGGAGAAAUUGCUAUAAUCACAAAGGCUUUAUCUCUUAUUUUACUCAUGAAUCCUGUGAAAAUUGGUUAUUUUAAUGCACAGUCAAUAGUACAAAUACAGGAUGUACAGUAAAGACAUGCACUAAUUAUGGUAGUCGUGUCACAUCCUUUACAAAUGCAGAUUGUAAUAAAUGGCAUCCCUCCUGUAAUGGAGCCUCAACAACAUGUUAAGAAAGUAGAACAUGUACAAGUGCUCCAACAGGUUAUCAAUAUGAACAUAGCAAUUGUGAGGCUUAUUCCUUAAGUUGUACUAAGAAUACAUCUACAACUUGUAUGACAAAGGCUUGUUCAAAGGCUAGUUUAGUAUUUUCAACAUACACUCAUGCUAUUUGUUCAGAAUGGCUCAGUACUUGCACUACUGAUGCUACAAAUUCUUCUUGUACCAGCAGAACUUGCACAAAUUAUAAGGAUUAAUUAGCCUCAAUAAAUCAUACAACAUGCAAUGGCUGGUUAUCAACUUGUACAACUAAUAUUACAGGUACUGCCUGUGAAACCAAAACCUGUUACAACCAUGGGACUCAAGUAACAGUGAUAGACAAUACAAAUUGCAGCAAUUGGAAGAGUGGUUGUGUUGGGGGAGGAUCUACUUGCAGGGAUUCUACAAACACUUUAUGUGGAUCUUAUGUAGGAACUAUCACUCAUACAAAUUGCUCAAACUAUUUAAGUACAUGCACAAAUUCUGGAAGCUCUAAAUGCAUUGUUAGAACUUGCUAAUUAGCUUCUUAGGGUAUAGUAAUAUUUAAUCAUUAAAAAUGCACUGAAUGGUAUUUGGAAUGCACAGCUAACUCAGAUGGCACUGGAUGCUAAUAUAGAACAUGCUAUAACUAUGGAGAUUAUAUAACUACAUUUACAACUGCUACUUGUUCGAAUUGGUUAUACGGUUGCAAUGUUAAUUCAACAAAUGAUGGAUGUGUUAGUGAACGUACAUGUUCUAAUUAUGGAUCUUAUAUCAAAGAAUUUACUCAUGAUAAUUGUAGUAAUUGGUUGAGUACAUGUACAGUAAACUCGGGUGCCACAGCUUGUAUUGACAAAACAUGCACAAAUUAUGGAAGUAAUGUGACUGUUUUUGAUUACACUAAUUGCAAUGCUUGGUUAGAUGGUUGUACCGGAACAGGUAGUGCAUGUGAAGCGAGAUCUUGCAGUAAUUCCUCAACAGGAAUCGGAUCUUACACUGAAGCCAAUUGUUAUAAAUGGUAUUCGUACUGCAAGGUAAAUGACGCCCUUACGAAUUGUAUAAGUACACGUACCUGUACUAAUUAUGGAGCUAACAUUACUACAUUCAAUCAUGCCAAUUGCAAUUCUUGGUCAUCAGAUUGUACUGUCUCAGGAAAUGGACUCACCUGUGAACCUAAGACUUGCACUAAUAGUAAUAUAACUGCGGGCAAUUUCAAUUUAAAUAAUUGUAAUACAUGGCUAUCGGGAUGCAUUGCUAAUUAAUCUGCUAAUAAUUGUGAGACUGUUAGAACAUGCAAUAAUGCUAUUACAAAUUUAACUAGUUUUACUUAGGCCACCUGUUCUGGUUGGUUAAGCACUUGCACAUACAAUAAAGCUGGAACCGUUGGUACGGGAACUAGUUGCAUCGAAUAUACAUGUGCAAAUGCAUAAUUAGUUAGUUUUACUCAUUUCAACUGUUACAAUUACAAGAACACAUGUACAGUGAAUUCUAGUCAUAAUGGAUGCACUGAUUUCACUUGUUCUAAUGCAGCGAACUCUUUAUCCUCAUUCUCGCAUUCGACUUGCAACUCCUAUAAAUCAUCAUGCACAUCAAAUAACGUUAAUACCAAUUGUGAGGAUAUGUCUUGUAGCAAUGCUUCUCGUAAUUUAUGGAACUACUCAAAUUGGGGCUAUUAUUCUCAUUCCGAUUGUAAUGGAUGGCUGUCAUCUUGCACCGUCGAUAAUUCAGGAACAGAUUGUGAAACUAUGACUUGUUCAAAUGCAUCAUACUCUCAAAGUAUUAAUUAAUGGUAUAGUUGUACAAACAGUUGGAUGUCUUCUUGUGAGUUACACUCCUCAAAUACUUAUUGCGUCUAAAAAACUUGCUCCACUUUUAGGGGAACAUUAUCUGCUGCAAAUUGUAGUAGCUAUUUAGCAGGAUGUACGUAUUAUGGAAAUUAUGAUAACACUUCUACUUGCACCAAUGUUGUUAGAACAUGUGCUAGUGCAGUUACAGCUCAUAAUAGUGGUUAUAACGUUGUCAAUUAGGCAGGAUGUGAUUCAUGGAAAUCCAAUUGUGCAUACAGAGGUUCUGGGUAUUAUGGUUGUGAAGAAAGAUCGUGUUCAAAUUAUGUCAGUGCAAAUCAAUCUAAUCCCUCAUCCUAUGCCCAUUGUAAUAAUUGGUUAUCAAAAUGCACAUAUGAUAGUGUAAAUUAAAUAUGUGUUGAUAAAACUUGUUCUAACUUCUCUUAAUCAUCACCAAACUUUUUAAAUUGCCAAGCAUGGAAUUCUAUAUGCACAAUUAAUUCAACAUCAACAGGUUGUGAAAAGAGAAAUUGCACCAACUAUUCAUAUGUUAAUCAAGUCUUUAAUGAUUCUAAUUGUUCAGGAUGGUAUUCUAAUUGCAAAGCAAAUUCCUCAAGAACUGGUUGUGAAGCAAGUUGUACUACAACGACUGGUAUUUCUACAUUUAAUUUUGCAAAUUGUCAAGAUUGGGAUACCAUGUGCUCUGUUAAAAGUGAUAAUACCAAUUGUGAAAAAAGAAGUUGCACAAAUCCUUAACUAGCAUCCUACACUGACACUACAUGUUCAGCUUGGUUGUAAUCUUGCACAAAUAAUGGUACCACAGGUUGUAAGGAUAAAACAUGUUAUAAUUAUUCCACCAAUCUAUUAACGUACUCUUCUAGCACUUGUGAAACUUGGUUAUCAGUUUGCACUAAUUACAAGACCUUAGGUUGUAUGCCUAAAACAUGUGAUAAUUUUACAGGUGUAGUUUCUGAUAGUAAUUGUUCAACUUAUUUAUCAUAUUGCUUAGCGAAUACCACAAAAACAAAAUGUGUCACUAGAAGAACCUGCACUAAUCAUGGAUCUUCUGUUACAACAUUUACACAUAUAAAUUGUGAAGGCUGGAAUAGCAAUUGCACUAGUAAUAAUUUGAACACUGCAUGUGUUGAAAAGACUUGCAAUAAUAUAAGCACAAGCGCUGUGAUAUAAAUAAACUUAUUUACAUGUACUGCUUGGAAAUCUACUUGUGCUUAUAUUAAUGGAAGCUGCGUUGAUAAGACUUGCAGUAAUUCAGGUUUGGUUGGCACUGAUGUUACACUGGCAAAUUGUAGUGAUUGGUUACCUUAUUGCAAAGCGAAUAAUGCUAUUUGGCCAUAAUAUUGUGAAUUAAAGACAUGCUAAAAUCAUUCUUUGGGAACAAUCAAUUAAGCCAAUUGUUAGGGUUGGUUGUCAUAUUGUAGAGUAAAUUCAGCAGGAACAGCUUGUAUGACUGAUCGUACUUGCAGUAAUUACGGGAUUAGUAUAAUAACAUUCAAUCACAUCAAUUGUGAAGCUUGGUCAUCUUAUUGUACAGUGAAUACUGCAAAUAAUGGAUGUAUGAAUAAGACUUGCUUUAAUACUAAUUUGAGUGUGUUUAAUGAUCAAACUUGUGGGUAAUGGUUGAAUACCUGCAAAGCCAAUUCCACCAACACUGGAUGCGAAAUAAGGACAUGCACAAAUUAUGGGAGUUAAUUAACCAGUUUCACUUCUGCUACUUGUUCAUAUUGGUUAUAUCAAUGUACCAAUAAUGGAUCUACAGCUUGUAAAACAAGUAGAACAUGUACUAGUUACAGUAAUUUAAUAUAAACUUUCACAUUGUAGACAUGUUCAGAAUAUCUGAGUUCAUGUGUCCCAGAUCCAACUCAAUCAUCUUGCUUAGAUAGAACUUGUAAAAAUGCUUAGGGGUUGCCUUCGUAUACACUUUAAAAUUGUUCAAAUUGGAUGAGCAGUUGCACUGUGAAUUCUACUAAUAAUGGUUGUAUUGAUAGAACAUGUUAAAAUGCAUCUCUAUCCUACUACAAUUAUAGUAGUUGUUCCAAUUGGUUAAGUUCAUGCACUGUAAAUAUUACUAAUGAUGGUUGUACUGCUAAGACUUGCAGUAAUAGCACUGUCACUUAAUUUACAUAAGCCAAUUGCACAGCUUGGUUAAGUACUUGUACGAAUGGCACGAAUACAUGCAUUAAUAAGACAUGCACAAAUUAUUCAGGUACAAUCAAUUAGAAUAAUUGUGUGGCAUGGUUAUCAUAUUGUUAUGCUGAUUCUGGAUCUCCAACUUAAUGCUCUAGUUUAAGGAAUUGUUAUAAUCAUAAUUUAAGUACAUUUACUGUUAGCACAUGCAGUUCAUGGUCUCCAUUAUGCACAGUGAAUACUACGAAUGAUGGAUGUACUGAAAAAACUUGUUAUAAUUAUGAUUUAACUAAGUUUAGUCAUGCACUUUGUUAAGAUUGGUUAUCAACUUGUACAGUCAAUAUGGACGGAACUGGUUGUGAAGUUAGAUCAUGUACAAAUUAUGGAAACAAUAUAACCUUAUUUAAUAAUACCAAUUGUUCUGCAUGGUGGAAAUAUUGUAAGGCAACAACUUUGGCUAAUGCAUGUGAACCAUAUACUUGUUGGAAGAAUGAUGUAAGUGUAUUCAAUCACACUAAUUGUUAUAACUAUUUAGAUCAAUGCACUGUUGCAGAUUCAACAUCCUGUGGAUCUACAAGAACAUGUACUAAUCAUGGAAGUGCAGUGACCAUUUUUAAUCACGCUAAUUGUUAAUACUGGCUAACUAAAUGUACUGUCAAUGCUGCAGGAACAGCAUGUGAAGAAAUGACAUGUACAAAUCAUGGAGUUUAAAUUUCUAAAUUCACUCAUGUAAAUUGUCAAAAUUGGAUGUUUGAUUGCACUGUUAAUGCAACUGGAACAGAUUGUGAAUUGAAGUCAUGUUCAAAUUAUGGUGCCAAUGUAGUUGUUUACACUCACGCUAAUUGUUUGGCUUGGUUAUCCAUAUGUACAGCCAAUUCAACCAAUAGUGCGUGUAUUAAUAAAACAUGUCUAAAUACUACUGGUAUCAGCACUUGGUCACAAGCCAAUUGUGAAUCUUGGUUGAGUGUCUGUUAAUUAAGUAAACCUAGCACUUGUUAAAAUAAUCUCAGUAAUUGCUCAUCUGCAACAUAUAAUCAGUGUGUUAAAGAUACUAAUAAUGAUGUUUGUGUAUGGCAUCAGAAUGCAUGUAAGGAUAGGGCAUGCAACAAUUUUACUGGAACAGCAAAUCAUACUAAUUGUGAAAAUUGGUUAAGUAGUUGUACUGUCAAUACAACUAAUAAUGGGUGUGUCACUAAACCUACUAAUUGCACUACAGGAGGUGUGACUCAAAACUAAUGUGUGGUCAGUAACUCUAAUGUCAAGUGUUCUUGGAUUUCAGGUUCCUGUGUAAAUAGAACAUGUACAUAAUACUCUGGUACAUUUAACCAUGCUAAUUGCAAUAGUUGGUUAAAUACUUGUACUGUUAAUGGUGCUUCAACUGCUUGUUAAACUUUAUCAUCCUCAUGUUCUUCAUAUACCAUCUAAGAUUAAUGUAAUUUUACUAACUCUAGCACAAUUUGUUUUUGGGUUAAUAAUACUUGUGUUACUAGAACAUGUGACCAUGCUCCACAAACAACUGCUUACAAUGAUCAUAAUAAAUGUAUCAACUUUUUGAAUACAUGUACUGUUGCUAGAUUUGGAGGAUGCACGGAUAAAUUAUCAGCUUGUUCAUCAUACAAAUAAUAAUCAUAGUGUUACUAGAGUUCAACAGGAAUUAAAUGUUAUUGGAAUACUUUAACCUCUUUAUGUGCUGAUGCUAUUUGCACAAAUGCUUUAUCAACACUCACCACACAUGCAGAAUGUUAAAGUUUCUUGAAUACUUGCACAGUAAACACUCCAGGAGGUUGUAUUCCACUUGUACCAUGUAAUCUAUACACAACUGCUAUCUCUUGUGUAAUAUCUAAUACAGGAGAUACUUGUGAAUGGCAAUCAGGCACUUGCAAUAUCAAGUCUUGUACAACAGCUGCAUUGGAUACCACAAGAGAUACUCAUGAAGAAUGUCAAAAUUAUCUACCAAAUUGUACAGUUGCUGCUACUGGAAUAGGUGGCUGUGUUCCACUUAAUGAUUGUAAUACCUACACAUCAGAAAGAUAAUGCAAAAUCAAUACAAGUGGUUUAUUGUGUGGAUGGAAUGGCUCAGUGUGUGCUAAUAGAUCAUGUUCCACUGCUCCUCCAACUAUAACAUAUAGUAAUGAUAGUGCUUGUGAAGAUUAUAUGGAUGGGUGUACAGUAGUGGAGACUGGAUAUGGUUGUCAAUCUAGAAAAUCAGAAUGCUCUGAUUAUUAAGUAAGUAAAUAGUGUGUAAGAACAAUCACAAAUUAGUUAUGCUAUUGGAAUAAGGAAUUGCCAAUUCCAGUUUGUGAGAUUAGAACCUGUUUCAAUGCACCUAUUAAUUCUCUUACUCCUGCCUUAUGCGAGUAGCACUUCAAUCAAUGCUAUUCCAAUAUGCAAUAUUGCAGACUCGAAGAAUGCGAAGACCUUCAAUUGACUACGGAUUUUGAUUGUAAAUACUACAACAGUAAAUGCACUACUAAUGGUACUCACUGUGUAAUCAGAAAGAAAUGUUAAGAUGUAUUGAAUAGUGCUGGUUGUGUUAUGGAUGAUUAAUUCAAUGAAUGUGAGUGGUUCAAUUAAGAAUGUGUAUUAAAAACCUGUUACACUGCUCCAGAAUUUACAACCGAGUAGGAAUGCAAUCUUUAUAAAUAAGGCUGCACAACUAAAUUAUUUGGUGGUUGUAGAUAAAAGACUACUUGUUCAGAUGCGAAUGUCGAGUAAGCAUGCACUACUUCCAUCACUGGCGAGAUUUGCGUUUGGAAUGAGGGUAUUUGCAGAUCUUAGAGAUGUGAGGAUUUUGAUGGUAGUUAUGAUGAUAUUUGUGAUGCUUAGAAGAAAGGAUGUGUAAGUGAUGGAACCUAAUGUAUUUUACCAAAACUUUGCUCUUAAAUGCUAGUCAAAGAAAAAUGUAUUAAAGGUCUCGAUGGACCAUGCGUAUGGUAUGAACUAGGCUGCUCACUCUUUCUCUCUUGUUCAAGCAUUCAAAGCAAUUAAGAUAGAAUUUGUAAAUCUGCAAAUAGUUUAUGCACUACCGAUGGACUCAAAUGCGUGGGAUUGGAGAAAUGUGCUAAUUAUAGAUUAUAAGAGGCUUGCAAAGUUGGAUUAGAUGGAAAUUGCUAAUGGAUUGAAUCUUAAUAGAAAUGUCUAUUGUUUGCCAAAUGUUCAGAUUUACCUUUUCUAACUCACGAGGAGUGUUAAAAAGCUUCAUCUAAGUGUACUACAAAUACUUUGAAUGGGUGUGUUAAUUUAGACUAGUGUUUCAAUUACACACAGAAGGAGCAAUGCAAAAUCAGUUCUUAACCACAAAAAAUAGUGAACAAUUAAGUAAUCUAAACAGGAUAUUGUGCUUGGGUCAAUGGUAAAUGUAGGGAUCAAUUAUGUGAAGAUCUAAGUGGUGAAACACAUGAGUAAUGUCAAGCCAAACUCAAAGGAUGCUCUUCAGAUGGAACCAAUUGCGUUACCAUGCAACCUUGCUCUUAAUAUACUAAUCUUAUUACCUGCAAUCUUGCAUUAGGAACUGAUGGGAAAUGCCUAUUUUCUACUGCUGGUUGCAGAACUCUCGAAUGCGCUGACAUCAAAGAUGGAACCAAUCAUUUCACAUGUUAAAACUUUAAUUCCACUUGCGUUUCUAAUGGAGAUAAAUGUAUACCUUAAGUCAAAUGUGAGUAUUAUCCUAAUUAGCUUGCCUGCACUUAUAAAGGAUUAGAUGGACAAUGUGCUUGGGAUGGAACCAAAUGUACAUUAAUGAAAUCUUGUUCGGAUGCUAAUAAUGAUAUGGUAGCCUGUCAAAGAAUGAGUGAAUUUUGUAAUUGGGUCUCGUAUGCUAAUGGAGCUUCCUCAUGCCUCGCUCACACAUGCUAAACCAAAGGAGUUCUCAAUCAAUGCAAUUAUAUCAAAGAUUUCAACAGUUCAACCGUAACUACUUGUUUAUGGUUAAAUGAUUCAUGCUAAACUGUUGAUCCUCGAAAUCUAUUAAGUUCUGAAUGUAAUAUCAACACUUUAAAUACUUAUCGAUGGAAUCCAGUAAACAAUACCUGUGAGUUAUGUUCUCCUUAAGAAGUCAACAAUACCAACACCCCAGUAGUCAACUAUCUUCAAUUAUUAUCGAUCGUGAUAAUAUAAGCAUUAAUAUAUUGA